ACUCGCAAUUAGAUUUAUUGGCAUCUACCUUCACGCGAACUUAGCUUUGUGUUUGUGUGUGUCUGGUGCGAGCGUGUAUCGUGUGUGUGUGCCAGCUAGCCAGCCCAGCCCGACUGUGACCUCAAAGCUCUCCGGCCGACCCGGCGAUCAAGGUCUGCACUUUGCCGGUGGUUUGCGUUGACAAAUGCGAGCCGCCGCGGCCGCCGCGCGGUAUAUAGUCGAGUCGGCCAGCUAGAUUUAUAUGCGUGUAUACGGUAUGCGUCGCUGUACUGUACUAGCGCUAGCUAGCUGUAGUGUAAAUGAUCGAGAUGAAUUUCGUUGAAGAGCGAUGUGUAGGUCAUUAGAUUAGAUAGAUCUCCACUAAAAAUGAUGGGAUAUCAUCUUUCUUUUGGGUACCUUCUCAUUUCAUCCUGCCAUACUAACGUCCUCUCGGAAUUUUAACGAAUAUCGCCGUCAAAUCAAGGGAAAGAAUCGUUCGAAUUGAAGGGGAAUUUCGAAUCAAUCAAGAUGCCAAACGUACAAGACUCUGAGCCCGGCAGCUCUGGCAUGUCUGGGGACGUGUCUAUUGAAGAAAUACGAAGUUGGUGGAAGGUUCCUGCGAUAGCUCACUUUUGCUCCCUCUUUGGAUCGACUUAUCAUCUACCAGACUUUGAGAUUGAGGAUUUAGAGGAAGCGCUAUUCCUUGAUGCUGGCCAGGAAACAAGUCCAUUUCUACCAAACCUAUUGGUGGCGCUGUUGAAAGGAUGCUUCCCCGACUCCCGUAAAGACAUCAUAGUUGCCAACUAUCAUGGGCACUUACGAGAGUUCAUGAAGAAGCAAUGGGAACUGGUGGAGGGGCGAGUGAACCCUCUGAACCUAGAGGAUGCGACGUUCAAGGGCUUGCCAACUCUGAUCAAAGUAGAGAUUCUUCACUCGCUGUGCGAUUUCAGGCUCGAUGCGGCAGAUGUCUCCCUAUUAAAGGAUUAUCUAGGAGACCAGCUGCGUGUGGAGCCGCUGGGAACAGAUUCUAAAGGGGCCAAAUACUGGUAUUUCUACAGCACUAGACUGUACAAGGAGGACCCAGCCCCAAGCUUUCAGCAAAAAGAAGCCAAACGCAAAAAGAAGGAAAAGGAGAAAAUCAAGAAAAGAAAAGAGAAAGAAGUGAUUCGGAAAAAGAGACUUCAAGAAACUACAAAGGCUCGGAAAGCCUUGGAAAAACGUAUGGCGAAAAAGAAGCCAUCGAAAAGAAAGAAAUUAAUGAAGCCACUGAAAAGUGAUAAUGAGACUUGCAGUGAGGACAACAUUCCUCUGCGACAGCUUUGCAAGAAGAAGGCCGAAGAGAUCAAAAAAGAAGAUAAACCAACAGGAAGAGGUAAAGGAAAGAGGAAGAUGGAGGAGGAGAAGGUGGAAGAGCCAGAAGAGAUCAACGAAAACGGGAAGCGGAAGAAGAAGAUGCCGGUCAAAAAGAACGUCAAGAAAGCCAAGAAAGAGGAGGUUAAGGAGGAGCCGGGAAGCGAUGCCGAUUCGGAAAGUGAGGAAGACGACAAUCCGAAGAGCAAAAAGAAGAAGAAAGAAAUGAAGAUGAGGAGGAUGAUUAAGAAAGAGGAGCUGGAGACGGAGACGGAGUGCGAGGAGGAGGUCGACAAGAAGAGAAGGAAGAUAUCAAGUCCAAGAGGAAAAGGAAGAAAGAAGGAAGAACUAAGUAUGGAUAGCCAAGAGGAGAGUGAUGUUGGAAAGAAGAGUAAGAAAGGGAAGAUGAAGAAGGGAAAAGGUGUGAAAACGAUGAAGGAAGAAACGGCUACAAGUGCAGAGAGUGAAAUGGACAGCACUGAAGCGAGGGUUAAGAAAGGUAAAGGGGUUGGAAAGAAGAAAGCUACAUGUAAGAAGAAAGGAGAAGAAAGCCAGGAGGAGACUGAGGGUGAAGCAAAGAAGGGGAAGAAAAUCAAGAAAGGGAAGGGUAAGAAGGGUAAAGACACUGCUACGGAGAGUGAAGCUUGCGAUGCCGAUGAAGAGAGGGAGGAGCCAAAGGGAAAAGGUAAAAAGAAGAGUAAGCUGUCUAAGCUGAAGAAGGAAUCAUCCGUGGAUCUACAGAGUGGGAGUGACCUGGACAAGAAGACUGGGAAGAAAUCAAAAUUAAAGAAAAAGAAAGCCAAAGCGGAUGCGUCAUCCCAGGAUGAGAGCCAGGAAGAUCUGCCCAAAGGCAAGGCAAAGAUUAAGCAAGAGGUGACGGACAUGAAAGAGAUGGAUGAACAAGACGAAGGGAAGGUAAAGAAAAAGCGAAGGAGAAAGAAAGAGAUCAAGAGCAAGGAAAUCAUCACUGCAACUGAAAGCGAUACAGAGGCUGAACCAGAGAUAUCCAGAACUGGCAACAAGAAAGACCAGAGGACAUCCAGUCCAGUCAGGGUAACAAGACGUGGAACCCCUACCAAAGCUGAAAAAGAACCACAGAAGAGCAAAUGUGCAACUCCUAAAGGGAAGAAGGCUGCAAAAGGAAAGGCAAAGAACAUCCCAGAUGCCAGCUCACAGAGUGAAGAUGAUAAGGGAUCCAAGUCUAAGAAGGGGACCAAGGCAGGGCAGAAAGCUGGGAGACAGACAAAGAAAUCAUCCAAGAAAUCCGACAAAGACGGGUCCCAAGAGAGUCAAGAAGAAGGUUGUGAGACCGAAGAUUGCUCCGUCUCUCCUUCAAAGAAGCCUGGUAAAGGUGGGAAAGCAUCUACAGCCACAAAGAAGAACAAGGCAUCCAGAAAAUCUGGCCAAGACGACGAAAGCGUCUCCCUUGAGGAAUCAAUGUCCCAGGUCAAUUCUGUCAAGAAUGGCAGAACUGCCCAAUCAGGGAAGAAGCAGACUCCUGCCAAGAAUUCCUCAAAGGCUCCUGCAGAACAGAGUGACCUGGACGAGAGGGAGGCCCUGAAGGAGCUCCAGUCCCUCCUGUUGUUGGAGAACAUGCUGAAGGUAGCCUCCGACGAUAGCUCCAGUGAAAGCUCCAGCGAGGAGGAGCCAGAGACGGCGCGAUGGCACCUGAUCUGUCACACAGAGGAGGACUGGGAGAAAUUGACUGAAUCCUUCAAGAAGGCCAGGAACAAGGCUGAGAGGGCGCUCUAUCUUGUCCUCAAGGAAGACUUCUUAUCUGACAUUCAUGACAUCUUUGCUGCAAAGGAACGAGCACUUAGACGGAAGCUUCAAGAAAUGAUUCCAAGACGAACCUCUGGAAGAAUAGCUGACAUCAAGGUCAGGCAAGAAGAGGAAGAGAGAAUGAAGUCUCUUGCGGAAUACGAAGAGGUGCAGAAGAAAGAAGCAGAAGAAGCGGUUCGGAAGAUAUCCCUGCGCAGGAGAAAUAGAAGACAAGGGGAGUAUACAGAGGAAGCGGAUGAAGAAGAAGAAGAAGACGAGGAGGAAGAUGAGGAAGAAGGAGAACAAGAUGAGGAGCAGGAGGAGGAGGAGGUCGAGGGAGAUGAAGAGGAAGAGGAGGAAGAAGAAGAGGAGGAAGAAGACGAGGAAGAGAAGAAGAAGAAAGAGGAAAAAGCUGGAAAGAAAAAACAAGCUGCCAAGGAGGAGAAAAAGGAACAAGAUUUACGUGCCAGACUGCGUGCAAAGAAUGCAUCCCCUGAACCGAGCUCCGAUGACCCGACCUCGUCGAGCUCCGUACCCUAUGACCUCGGCUUUGGCAGGACGACACGGAGCAGCAGGAGCCAGGUCCAAGCGGAACAGGAACAGGAAAAGCUCAAGAAAAGCUUCGCAAAAGUGCUAGAUACCACAAAAGCCCACUACGAGGCAUGGCCGUUUAUCGAUCCGGUGCAGGAGUCUUACGCUCCCAACUAUUACAGCAUCAUCAAAGUCCCUAUGGAUAUCGCCACAAUGGAUCUCAAAGUCGAAGAAAGGAUGUACCACUCCAUCAACGACUUUGUGAAUGAUAUGGACCUGAUUUUUCAGAACUGUGUUCAAUACAAUGGAAGAAAAAGUGAAUAUACACUGAUGGCACGCAAGGUAGAGGCUUGUUUCCGACGGGCACUCAAGAAGCAGUUCCCAAAUUUCCGGAAGAAGAACGCCAACUGCCGACCUGUGCCCAAACCUGUCUUUACCGACUCCCAGGAUGAAGGCGAGACGGAUUCGCAGAGUUCCUUGGACAACAGGUUCUCUAAGAAAAAGAUGGCCCGAAAGAAGUCAGAGGAGAAUGAUGGAGAGGGGUUGGAGGAGAACGAAGAGGGAGAUGAACAGGAGCAGGAUGAUGAUCAAGAAGAGGAUGAGGAGGAAGAAGAGGAGAAGGAGAAGAAGAAGGAAAAGAAGGAAAAGAAGGAGAAGAAAGAGAGGGUCUUUGAGGAAAUGGUAGCGUCAUCUUCAGACCCUAGUCCUUGUCCAAGCCCGGCUUCCUACCACUCUGAAGACUACGCAGAGCUUAAAAGCUCCAAAUCAUCCUAUCCCAGCCUCAGGGCACCCCAGAAAUGGAAAGAAGAUGAUGACGAUGGGGAUGAUGAGGAGGAAGAUGAUGAUGAUGACAUUCCUGAAUUGGAGGAAAAAUCUGUCAAAAGUGUCCUGGACAAAAAAUCAAGCGACGGAGCGAGAAAAGUAUCGUCCUCUCCCUCCAGAGAGGAAUUAAUUCUGAGCGAGGAUGAGGAUUGUAGUAAGAAAAGUGCCAAGACAAAUAUUAAUAAAGUUGGUUCCUUGAGUGGUGCAAUAAGUGGUUCAGGAUCGCCUGAGAAACCCUUCGGGACAGAGCCAAGACCGGGACCAUCAUACAUGCCAAUAUCAUCGGCCCGCUACUCAGAUAAUUUCGAGAAACCGAGAGCGCAUGUUCCUCCGAUGGUUGCAACGCCUCUACGACAGAGUAAUUCCGGUAACGUGAGCCAUCAACCUAAACCGCUGGAGGUCGCUAACAGUGGGGAAGAUAAGAAUAGGUCACAGAGUUCUGUUCCUACUGAUCAAAGGAAAGUGCCAUUCUCGCCAACUUCAAAGACAUCUCAGGACCCUGCAUUACAGGAGAUGUCGGGACAGUCAAUUGCUGAUAGGGGUAUGGGAAAGACUGGAUAUUCUUCAGGAGAUCAGUUGAUGCAAAAGGGGGUUGUUCAUCAUGGAGUUGUGCAGGGACCAGAGCCUUUGGCUGUGCAACCAAUAGUUGAAAGAAAUACAGCUAUACAGCAUAAUCGGUCUUACCAGGAUAUGAUAGAUCUCAAUGCAAGGAGACCUCAGCCCCCGCCGCAGUCCCCUUGGUACAACACACAUUCAGAACAAAGCAAUAAAUCAUCAAGUGCAACGCAAGCUGUUCCACCCUUGAUACAGGAUGGAGCAGGCUCUCAGGGAACCAUGCUGCAACAGCCACCAACAAGUGGCACUACUGAACAAAGAACCCAUGAAAUCAUUCCAAUGCACCAUUCGGGUGAUACGCAACAGCAAGGUAACUUGCCAAGUCAUCACCAAAGUCAUCAUUCUCAAGGUCAUCCACAAAGUCACCCACAAGGUCACCCUCAAAGUCAUUCACAAGGCCAUACUCAAAGUCAUCCACAGAGUCAUCCACAAGGUCAUUUGCAAGGCCACCUUCAUUCUUACCCUGGAAGUCAAGGAAUAGGACGUCCAUUGGAUACUUCUGGCAUGCCCUCACAUUGGGGCAUGCCUUCUAGGGAUGUUGACCCCUCCCCUGCAAAACUCUGGCGACCUCUUACAGUAGACUCUCCAUCAGUGCCUAGCCAAGGCCAAACCUCUCUCAUGCACAAGGCCCAGAGUCCGCCUCAAUACCCUCAGACUACUCAGAGUGUUAGCCAAUCAAGUACAGCGCCCUCUCAGUCUGCCCAACAACAGGCUGCUCCUAUGUCAGAAACCAUGCAGAGGUUAGCAUCACAGGGAAGUCCCAAUGCCCAUCAUGGUAGCAGUACUACUGCAACAGAACUAUUGCGCAGCAUGGCAUCUCCAACUCAAGGAGCAGCCAACUCUACCAGGCCUUCUCAAGAUGUUUCCAAUCCCCCGACUACCCAAACCAAUUCCCUCCCAGAUGAUGCUUCUAGGCCCAGCAACUCUUUUAAGCUACCAUCCCACAGUCCUAUGCCAAAUACCAUUCCUUCUGGCUACCCUAGCUACAUGCCCACUCAAAGGGUACCAACUCCAGGAAUGCCACCAACUAUAGGAACUCCAACUUCAGGACUAGAUCCAACCACCUACCCAGGAUACAGUGGACAAGUGGUUCCAGGUCGCAAGGAUAGCAUUUUUGAUCCAAUGAGAACUGGCCACACCUCCCCGUUCCCAACCACACCCGGUCCCAAGCCGGACAUCUUCAACCCAACUGGCCGGUUGACUCCUGGAGGUAUCCACCCUUCUCUGUCAUCACACCGAUCAUCGGCUUUCAACCAGCCCCAAUCUGCACUAUAUGCAGGCCAAUUCCACUCCAUACCUGCCAGUCAGACCCUGCCAUCAUCCUACCCUGGUCUCAGCUCUCCUUCCCACCUACGCAGUCUUCUCCAAGGGCGUCAGGGAGCCAUCCCUGACGCCAUGGCUCGGGUGGGCCAGUCUGAUGUCACCAUGCUGCAGAGGCACCCUUACCUUGAUCAGUCAGCGUAUGGGGGUUCCCCAGGGAUCGAUCCUAGGUACUCUAUGUACCCCCAGCAGUACAACCCACGGAUGCCACAGCAACCCAUGGGAUCCAGCGUACCAUACCCGGUUGGUAGCAGUAGCUCCUACUUUUCAGGGCAGGCCCCUCACCCUCAAGGCUACCACUCCAUCAACCCAUCUCAUGUACCACCCGGUUACAGGCGAUGAUAUGCUCCAUCCUCGAGAAAUGGUAACAGUCUUUCUAUGAGGUAACAUGCCUAAGAAGUACGUGUAACUACCACUCCACCAACCCAUCUCAUGUGACAACCUGCUAUAUGUGAUGAUGCACGCUAUCCAUGAGAAAUGGUGACAUUCUUUCAUUGAGGUAACAGGUAGAGAGAGAUUACCAUUCAGUCAACCCAUCUCAUUUACCUAACAGCUAUAGGUGAUGAUGCAUGCUAUCUCUGAGACACGACAACAAUCUUUCAUUGAGGUAACAUGUCUGAAAGGGUGUGACAGUAGUCACUGAUUCUCUGGCAAUAAUGCAGGUUAUCGUUCUACAAAUGGAAUAUCAGAAUAGAAGAAGGCAAAAGAUAAGGACGAGGAAGAAGAGGAGAUAUCAACGAGAACUAAAUUAUUUAUCCUUGUUCCUCACUCACUGGCAAUUAUGUAUAAAUUAUGUAUUUUAGGUAUUUAUUGUCACUUUUUACCAGUGAGAUUUUACAUACAUUUUAGAAGGUAAAGUUUGCUUCUCGGAUUUGACAGCAUUGUUUUUGUCAAUUUGAAAAUAGUUUGGCAAAGUUUAGUAGGGCAACGGAACUUUUACACAAAAGAUAUGUGUAUCAUGAAUAAUGUACAUGCCUGUUAAAGAAGUAUUCUUGAAGUAUUUGAGCAAAACGUUCAUUACACCUAAAUCAAACAAAUUUUCAUCUUUUCACAACAAUUUAGUUUUUACCUUGUGCGCUUCCACCUAGGACUCAUUUCUGCAGGCUUCUUCAGACUAGCGCUGGUAGGGUAGUAUCGGCUGGGCGGCAGUCCGUGAGAAUGGGAAUGCACGUAGUGGAAAGUUUUAUUUUCCAGCGUCUCUGUUCUUGGAAUCUGCCAGGUUCUUCUGGAUGUGAAUGGCCUCCCUGAUCCAUCUUGUUUAUUAAUUGUCAUCUCUAGAUAGGAUUUGACUCUUAUUCCAGUUUAUUGUGCGAUUCCUUUGGGCUACAUGGUCACUAAUAGAUGACUUAGGGUUGACUCGGCCUCCUUCAUUCUUGAUCUUGUCCAAUUCUCACGAACUGCCGUGCUGCCGAUACUACGAGUCAGCGCUAGUCUCAAGAAGCCUGCAGAAAUGAGUAGGCGAAUGCUCACAAGGUAAAAACCAAAGCUUCACAACUAUACAUGUACAUAUAAUAAUACUUUGACAGUGGCGGGUGCCAAUAUACAUGAAAUUGUAUAUACAGAAUCUGUAUCGAUAUUCUGUAGUUGUCUUUCAGUCGUAAUAGAGUAAAAAAAUAAAACUUUUUCUCGUGACAUUUCUCAGUAUUUCUAUUCUUGAUUGUAGACUCACUUGAUAAUAUUGUUAUUAUUAUUGUAUUUAUUCAGCAUUUUCAUGUAAAAUAUUUUAAAGCCAAUCAUGUUCAUGAUUUAUGAACUUCUUUUCCUAUUUUUGACAUAUAUGCGAUUUUCCUUUUCAUUUUUUAUGUGAAUCGGUAGAUCUUUUUAGAAUGUUCAGAUAUGCAGUACUACAGUUCGUUGUUUUAAAUAUAUAGUAUACUUGUUCCCUUUUUUCUAGAGUGCAAGGUUUUGAUAAGGAAACCCUUAUUGUAUUUAAUAGGAACUGGAAAUUUAUUACAAGCCUUCAAAAUCUAAUGUAGAAAAAAAUGUAGAUUGAGUGUAGCUUCAGACAGCAAUGUGUUGUUUAUUGAGAAUUUGAAUAUUUAUGGUUUUAAAGAGCAUUAUUUAUUGAUUUUUUUUUAAUGUGAAAAACCAGACUGCAUACAUUGUAUAUUGCCAAACUACCACUCAAGUAUGCAGUCUUUGAAACAAAGGUUUCUUUUUUUAGAGAGAGAUUGUAUGUACAGAUUUUGCUUGGUAUUUUCAAUAUUUUUAAUGUAAUAUUUACAUAUCAAGAGUGCUCUGUGCACACUUUUCGUGUAGUUAUUUUUUCAUCCCGUGUUCAUUAUUGGGGCAUGUAUCUUCACUGUUUGUCCCAUGUACUGGAAUUCACGUAAGCAGACUAACUCCAACUCUCAGCAGAAACAUGCGCAAAUGAACAUGUAUAUCAAGAGUGUAUGAAAUUUCAGAUCUUAACACUGGAAUCCUUUCAACUAUGGCAAAAUUUGACUUUGAAUAUAUAAAUAACAUGUGUUUGCAUAUUCUGGUCCGAGAAAUUGCUUUGACCUGAGGCGAUCGCUUAUUUUAUGCAGAGUCUUUGUUAGUGACACGACUGUUAGAGGUUAUAUACUAUUCAUUAACAAGUUUUUGCAAGGAAAGAAAAAGAUAUAUAGAUAAUUCAAAAACUUUUUUUUUGUAAUUCUUGCCACAAGUUUGUAUAACGUAAACUUUUUUGCAUGUUGUGUUUGCCAGUUGCCACAAAAUGUGCAGUAAUUUAAUUAUGGAAUAUUGUUGAUGGUAAUAAGUUAUGGGGGAUACAUGUACAUGUAAAUUUCAAUGAUACUGCCUAAAUAAAUCAUGUAAUAUUUUGGCAAUGAUUGGAAUCAAUUAAAUGACUCUGUAAAGU